CGUCCCGACCCGCCAUGGCGCCGCCGCUGUGCACGCUCCCGCCGGGCCCGGGGCCGCCCCGCUUCGUGUGCUUCUGCGAGGGGGAGCGAGACGGGCCUGCGGGCGGCGUCCACGUCUGCGUGACCGAUGGCGUGCAGCUGUGGAGCACCUGCUCGGCGCCGCACGGCCCGGCCGCGCACGCCGGCCCGAGCGCGGCCCAGGACACCGUCGCCCUCUUCAGGGCAGCCUGCCAGCAGCAGGCCGUGACGCUGACCCUGCAGGAGGACGCGGCGGCCCUGACGCUCUCGGGGGUCCCUCCCGCCCUGACCUUGGACCUGCGCAAGGUGCCCGCGGCAGAGGCAGCCCCCAGGCUGCAGGCGCUGACCCUGGGCCUGGCCGAGCGCGUCUGCAGCCUGGAGCGGCGCCUGGCAGCUGUGGAGACGGCCGCGGCCCCCAGCCCUAGGAAGAGCCCUAGGCCGGCAGGGCCUGGACCCUUGCUCCCAGAUGUGGAGCCCCAGCGAGGCGGCCCCGGGCAGAGGGUCAGGAGGCGGUGUCCUGGGGAGUCCCUCAUAAACCCCGGCUUCAAAAGAAGCCAGCGGGCGGCGUGGACUUCGAGGACAACUGAAGUGGCCACGUCCUGGGGACUGUCCCGAGUGGGGAUUGGCUGUGCGCAGCCUAGACUUGGACACCUGACAUGGUCACGCCUGGGGGUGGGCUUGCGGUCACACAGCAAUGGCUACUGCCCUGCACCCCCAUCCAAUAAAGGCCCCUUGAAGUGGAGGUACUGACCCGGCUUGGUACCUGGGGGUUG